GACUCGUCCCCCAGGCAGCCGAGCCCGAGCCCCAGCCCCCCGCGCGCUCCGUGCGAGCAGCAUCCCAGCGUUGCAGGCAGCCGCCGUCGCCACAGGGACCCGGCACCAUGGCUUCUGGAGUAACAGUGAAUGAUGAAGUUAUAAAAGUUUUUAAUGACAUGAAAGUAAGGAAGUCUUCAACCCCAGAAGAGAUUAAAAAAAGAAAGAAAGCAGUUCUUUUCUGUUUAAGUGAUGACAAAAAACAGAUAAUUGUAGAGGAAACAAAGCAGAUAUUAGUUGGUGAUAUUGGCGAUACUGUGGAAGACCCCUACACAUCCUUUGUGAAGUUGUUACCUUUGAAUGAUUGCCGAUAUGCUUUGUAUGAUGCCACAUACGAGACAAAGGAGUCUAAGAAAGAAGACCUGGUAUUUAUAUUCUGGGCUCCAGAAAGUGCACCUUUAAAAAGCAAGAUGAUCUACGCAAGUUCUAAAGAUGCCAUUAAAAAGAAAUUUACAGGUAUUAAACAUGAGUGGCAAGUAAAUGGUUUGGAUGAUAUUAAGGACCGUUCAACACUUGGAGAGAAAUUAGGAGGCAAUGUGGUAGUUUCACUUGAAGGAAAACCCUUAUAGAAAGACAGACAAGUGCCAUCUGGAUCUAAGGAGCUUCCAUUUCUGCAGCUCGUUCAAUUGGAAUAGUAUAACUCCUCCUCCCCCCCUCCAUUCACCUUUCUACAGACCUGAAGGAGAUGUCAUUAAAUUAAACUGUCUACCAGUGAUUGCCAUUAGAUUCUUUAAUCCUGGUAGUUUUAUGUAAACCCCAAGGAAUGCCUUCAUGUCAUACUCUUAGCCAAAGCUGAAGUUGCAUGCAUUCCUUGCAACCUGUACAGUGAAUGUGAUAGUUAAUGUGAAUAGUCUAGCAAACAGCAAAGGGUAAGCUAAUUGAAUGCCUUGAAAGUAUUAUCCACUGGUCAGAUGGUAGAUUCUAUUCAGUAUUACCUACAGUUGCACUUGAUUGCAGUUCCAUGAGGCUCUUGUGCAUUCAUACACCUCACCUGCCUUGACAAGCCUAUUUUUGUGACAUGGCAGCACACAACACUAUGCAUUUAAAGCACUUUUUUGUAAUAUGUUUGAUUUAUUUUCUCCCUCUCCCCCCCCCCAAAGAAAUGCCAAUUAAGUUGCUGUAACUGUGUCAUCAAACAAUUGUAGUACCUCGGUUUUCAUUCCUGUUACAUGCAUAUCUUUAUAAAUGAAGUAGCUGUUCUGAUGCCUUUCGUUUUCCAUUGAAUGUACACUACUGAACAGGAGCAGGAGUUAUGUUUACCAUGUGAGUCUUGCAACACGAAAGUUGUUUUGUUAAACAUCAGUCAUGAUGGCAGUUUCUGUAUAAAAAGAGCCUUAAAUGGAACACUGUUUUUGAGAUAAAAAAAACAAACUGGCCACGUUGCAAUAAAACUUGUGGCUUAUUACAGAA